AUUCAAUGGAAAGUGAAUAUUGAUUUAAUUAUUAUUUUUGUUGUCUAAUAUCAGGAAGUGUAUAACUAGAGUAAAAUUUCUACUUCUGUGAAAUGGAAUCUGAAGGAAAUGACUCUGAAAUGUUGGGGCACACAAACCCUGAUGUAGUUAGGCCCACAGACCAUUUAUUGACGGGACCCACGGCCCCUGUUGUUAUAAGGCCCAUGGACCCCGAAGAGAUGGUGCUCGACGGCCCCGAGGUCGCCGCAACGUCAGCAAGUAAGGAAGACGAGUGUCGGGUACGACAGCGGCAGAUUGUUCGUGAUGACGAGGAUGUCCAAGAGGCUGAUGAUGGAAAGGAUGUCCAGCUGACUAAUCAUGGAGAUGAGGGCAAGAAAUUUGAUGGAAUAAGCUCCAUGGACAAAGAAAAUGAGGCUAAAGAAAAUUCCGUUAACUUCGAAGGAAAAGAACUGGUGGCAACGGAAAAAAAGGACCUGAAGGCCGAAGAAAACGCCUUCGAGACCAAAGAAAGCAAUCUAAAGGCUUCUGAAAGCGACUUAGAGGACAAAGAAAAUGACGUAAAGGCCACAGAAAACGACUUUGAGGCCAAAGAAAAUGACGUAAAGGCCACAGAAAACGACAUUGAGGCCCAAGAAAGUGACGUAAAGAUAGACAGUAAAGGCUACGACACGCCCGACACCGACCAAGAGGAGGAAGAGCGACGCCGCCGCGUGCUGGAGUCCAAGAAGAAAGGGACGAAGCUCGUGCAGCGCAUGAGCUUCAAACGCGACAGAGCCGACCGCCACUACGACAAACUGCCGUGGGGGGUGGGGGCAAUCAGCCGCCUGCUGAACCUGGCGCCGGCGCGGCUGCCGUGGCACCGGCGCAUGGAGACGACGGCGGUGCUGCUCUGGAUGUCCAGCUUCUUGUUCAUGGGCUUCGCGGCCACGGGCUUACUGGUCUACAUGUUCCUGUACACGCAGUACUGGUGGCUCAGUUUGUGCUACUUGUGCUGGUAUAUUCCCGACCGCUCCAUCUGCAACCGCGGGGGCCGCAGGUGGAAUUGGGUGCGCAACUGGGGUUUGUGGAAACACUACGCGAAUUUCUUCCCCAUCCGCCUGGUGAAGACCACCGAACUGGACCCCGACCACAACUACAUCAUGUGCUACCAUCCCCACGGCAUCCUCAGCGCCGGGGCCUUCUGCACCUUCGCCACCGACGGCGUCUCCUGGUCCAAGACAUUCCCCGGCUUGACCCCAUACCUCCUCACCCUCGAGGUUCUCUUCCUCAUGCCGUUCUACCGCGAGUUCUUCUUGUGUUCCGGCGCCGUGAGUGCGACGAGGGCCAGCAUGGACCACCUGCUGGGGCGCGAGGGGAGCGGUCGUGCCCUCUGUCUGGUGGUGGGGGGCGCUCCUGAGAGCCUGGACUGUCACCCCGGCCAGGUCCUCCUGCAUCUGGAGAAGAGGAAGGGCUUUGCUAAGAUGGCCCUCCGACAUGGCGCCGCGCUGGUGCCGAUGUUCGGGUUCGGGGAGAACGACGUGUACGACCAAGUGGCCAACCCCAAGGGCUCGUUGGUACGUCGGGUACAGGACGCACUGCAGCACAUGUUCGGCCUCGCCCCUUGCAUCUUCAUGGGCAGGGGCGUCUUCCAGUACAGCUUCGGCAUCGUCCCCUACAGGAAACCCAUCUUCGUUGUGGUUGGUUCUCCUAUUCACGUAGAGCCUGUGAAGAAGCCCACGGACGAGCAGAUCCUUGCUCUGCACGAGCGCUACAAGCAGGCGAUCGUAGAACUCUACAACGAGCACAAAGAAACAUACGCUAAGGAUCCCACUGUACCAAUACAGAUCGUCUGAUCUUUUGAUGUACAUGAACGAUCCUUCAGCAUGUGCAGAUUGUCUUGAUCUUUGUCAUGGAUCAGUGAGGGUCUUAUGGCCAGACAUGACCGUCUGAUCCCAAUGUAUACUGACGAGAUCAAUCUCGAUCAUUUAACCUCAGAAGAUCGGAUCAUCGGGUCGUAUAGAGGGAAAGAUCAGCUGAUCUGCACACAGCUUCAGCCAUACAGAUAACUAUGAUAAUUUGACUGCUAAAUAUUCUUAUUCCACUAUUCAUCAUUAAAUUUUAUCAUUUAAACAAUUCAAAUAAAUGGAAUCGCUUGUCUAAUUAAACACAAGUCUCGAUAUUGCCAGAUUCCGCGAUUUAUUUAUUAGUCUUAUAUCUGCAACUGUCACAGCAAUUUAUUAAAAUCAAUGUAUCUGUUUCAAUAUAUAGAAUAUUCUGCAGUUAUUCAAACAAUGGUAGACGAAGCACAAACAAAUGUAGACAUUUUUUGACGUAGUAUUUGGAGUGCAGAAAAUUUUUUGAAGUGAAUACAUCAACUUUUAGACUUCAGGACAUAACAUAUGGAAGCGAUCAAUACUUCUGAAAAGUUUUACGCUAAAAAUUUUUGUUCGAGUUGUUCUUGCGGCUUGUCUUUUAUACCAUUUCUAUGUGUGGCAUUUGUUGCGUACAGCUCGUACAAUUUAUAUGUUCGGCUUCUGCGAGGGAUAACUGCAAGAUUUUGAAUUGGUAUUCCCCACUUUAUGAUCUAAAGAAAGCGCUCAAUGUCGGGAUAUUUCAAUCCAAGUUCAGCUAUAUAGACGAGGAAAAUAAAAUGUUUUCGAGUAUCACACGAUUCAAAAAUUAGGGGAAUGGCUUCCAUAUAUUCCCAAUUACGUAACCAAGGACUCAAACUAAAAUCAACUUCAAUUGUUUAAUUUUAUUCAAUUGAUUAAUUUUAUGGCCUUGCUUCACAUGACUCAGCUCACAGAAAUGCAAAGCGACAUCAAGAAUAAAUUCGUUGAGGUUUUGUGUAAUAUCGUGUAAAAAUCAAGGUUUGUUUUCAGUAUAAUGUAAUGCUGUGAACAAACCUUAAUUCAAUGUCUAGUGUGUUGGAUAAAUCAUUUGAAUAUUUCGUGGACGUAAAAAAACGAGUUUGAUAAACUUGAAAUAUUAGUCUUGAUCUAAGGCAUUUUAUUCAACUGCCCUUGUGCUUGUAGGCAGUAUUUUAUAAUGUAAAAUAUCCUGUUUAAAAAUACCAUGAAUGAUGAAUG